AUGGCCGAGCUGAUGGAGAGUAUUGUAAAUGCCACGAGGUCCCGGUCGAUUCCGCUGUUCUUCAACAAGCAAGCCAAACGAGGGGCGUUGGACCAAGCGACCAAGCUUCUCGAGUUUCAGGAAGAGCUGGGCAACGUCCCAGCAACCGAGUGUAUGCAGCUGUUGCGCAGCCUGCGGGUCAAAGUGGAUGGGUUUUUGCAGGUGUUGCAAGCGACGCAGAACAUUGCCCACAUGAGGUCAGCCCCGGAAAAGCACAAUACUAGUCAACUUGACGCCUCUGGAGCCAGCUCCUCGCAGAGUCCGCCUCCGUUUGAGGAUCGCCAACGACCUCUGAUAAUUCAGCUCUCCGACAAUUUCCAUGGGCCCGAGAGCUCCGUCACAGCGGCAGCUACUCUAGAAUGUGAUAGUGAUCUCGGCGACUCGUCCUUGUCCUCGGCGCUCAUGCAUACUAAGGAUGUCAACACUGCGUCGGAUGUACACCCUCUGGAGAAUGUGUCUUUUGAUGUUACAAGUGGCCUCUGCGAGAGUCAAUUGGACCACUACGGGACAUGGAAUGGGUUUGAGUACCUGUUCAGCGACCAAUAG